AUGGAGAUACUAAGCUUCAAAAAUCUCGUCUUCCUCGCCUUGUUAGGGUUUCUGAUCAGCUUUGUUGAAGCAGACCUUAAGUUAGGGUUCUAUGAUAAGAGCUGUCCUAAAGCAGAGAAGAUUGUGUUCGAUUAUGUGAAGAAGCAUUUCCCAAACGCGCCAGCUUUAGCUGCUCCUAUUCUUAGAAUGCACUUCCAUGAUUGCUUUGUUAGAGGUUGUGAUGCUUCUGUUCUGAUCAACUCCACCAGUACAAACCAGGCAGAGAAAGCUGCAACACCCAAUUUAACCCUUAGAGGCUUUGGAGUCAUUGAUAUCAUCAAAAGCUUAGUGGAAAAAGAAUGUCCUGGUGUUGUUUCUUGUGCUGAUAUUCUUGCUUUGACUGCUAGAGAUGCAGUCGCAGUUGCGGGAGGUCCAUUUUGGCAUGUUCCUACUGGGAGGAGAGAUGGCUUGAUCUCCAAUGCAACAGAGGCCUUGAACAACAUUCCACCUCCAACAUCUAAUUUCACUGCUCUGCAAAAAUCAUUUGCUAAUAAAGGGCUUAAUCUGACUGAUCUGGUUCUUUUAUCAGGUGCACACACAAUCGGAAUCUCUCACUGCUCAUCUUUCAGCAAUCGCCUCUACAACUUCAGUGGAAAAGGUGAUGAAGAUCCAUCUCUAGACAAGGUCUAUGCUUCCAAUCUCAAGAAAUUAAAAUGCAAAACUCCAAAUGAUAACACAAGCACAGUUGAAAUGGAUCCAGGAAGCUUCAAAACAUUUGAUCUUGAUUAUUAUAAGCUUCUGUUGAAAAGGAGAGGUUUAUUCCAAUCUGAUGCAGCACUUACUACUGUUUCUGCCAUUAAAGCUCAGAUCUCGAAGCUUGCUGGGGGUCCUCUUGAAGUAUUUUUCAAUGCGUUUGCUCAAUCGAUGGAGAAGAUGAAUAAGAUUGAGGUAAAGACUGGCAAUGUAGGUGAAAUUAGAAAGAACUGCGCUGUUUUUAAUAGUUAAAUCAAAGCUAAAUGGCUUUGAGAUUCAGAUAUUUUAAAUCUCCGUGUAAUGGAAUAACG